UAGAAAAUGGCGUCUGUCAGAUAGAGUUCGACUUGCUUUGUGUUUGCAGGUAGUUUGCACUGUUUGUGUAAACGAUCUCUAAUAUGGCAUUUAGAGGGAGGUUGAAAGGAAUAUGUGGUACAAUCAAGAGUUGUCGUCUGCCAAACUGUAAAUACAGCACAACAACGUUUACCGCUAAAAAUGAACUGAAAUCAAGAUAUGAUGUGGUUAUAGUUGGAGCAGGGCACAAUGGUUUGGUAUCAGCAGCCUACCUACAGGAGGCGGGGCUCAGUGUUUGUGUAGUAGAGAGGAGACACGUGAUAGGGGGCGCUGCUGUUACAGAGGAGAUCAUUCCUGGUUUUAAGUUUUCCCGAGCAUCCUAUGUCUUGAGUCUUCUGAGACCAAAUAUAGUACAAGAUCUGGAACUAAAGAAAUAUGGCCUUGAGGUAUAUCUACGUGACCCAAGCUCAUACACGCCUCUCCUGACACCUGGGGGAAGGGACGGAAAAGCAAGAUCCCUCCUUCUCCAUAGAGACAGUAAAAAGACAGCUGAAUCUAUAGCACAGUUCUCUGAGAAAGACGCCAAGAGUUGGUUUGAAUAUGAGGAGCAACUGGAACACAUAGUGGCAGCCAUUGAGCCCCUGAUGGACUCGGCCCCAAUCCACCUUCCCAGCAUCACGGCGACCAAACUCAGGGAACAACUGAAAAGUCUGCCUGCCAUUUUUACCCUCCUCAAGACUUUUAAAUCCUUGGGAAGUUUCAAGGAAACCGAUGCCUUCUAUGAGUUGAUGACUGCUCCUACUACCAAGAUUCUGGACAAGUGGUUUGAGUCCGAGCCUUUGAAGGCUACGCUGGCCACAGACUCCGUCAUCGGGGCUAUGAUCAGUCCAAAAACACCGGGCAGUGGGUAUGUUCUGCUCCACCAUGUGAUGGGGGAACUGGAGGGGGUAAAGGGGGCAUGGGGCAUUGUGAAAGGGGGCAUGGGGGCAGUGUCCCAGGCCAUCGCUAACUGUGCCGUGGACAGAGGGGCCAGCAUCUUCACAGACUCGCCUGUUCAGGAAAUUGUGACCAACAAUAACUCUGUAAAGGGAGUUGUCUUACAAGAUGGAACAGCCAUUGAAGCCAAGGCUGUUCUAUCAAAUGCUACACCAAAAGUGACCUUCUUAGAUCUAUUGCCAGAGGGUAACCUCCCGGAGGAUAUGAUGAAAGAGCUCCGGAACUUUGACUACACCUCCCCCGUGACCAAGAUCAAUGUUGCGUUAAAAGAAUUGCCGAACUUUGUGGCCGACCCCAAUACGAGAAAAAAUGAAGUCAUGCCGCACCAUCGAGCAACCAUUCAUCUUAACUGUGAACAUUCGGACCUUAUUCACGACGGCUUCCUGGAGGCUCAGGAGGGCAAGUUUUCUAGCAAGCCCAUGAUUGAGAUGGUGCUCCCCACAAGUCUGGACCCUACUGUGGCACCCCCUGGCUGCCAUGUCUGUCUGCUGUUUACCCAGUACACCCCGUACCACUUGGCAGGAGGCCAGGAGUGGGACGACCAGAGCAGGAACAAAUAUGCAGACACAGUGUUUGAUGACAUAGAGAAGUAUGCCCCUGGCUUCAAGGCCAGUGUGGUGGGCCGUGACAUCCUCACGCCCCCCGACCUGGAGAAAACAUUCAACCUCACUGGAGGCAAUAUCUUCCAUGGAACGAUGGGGUUGGAUCAGCUGUACAUGUCCCGUCCAAUCUCCAGGCUCAGCAACUACCGGUCUCCCGUGAGGGGCCUCUACCUAUGUGGUAGUGGGGCUCAUCCAGGUGGUGGUGUUAUGGGAUCCGCAGGAAGGUUGGCUGCCAUCACAGCUUUGUCAGAUUUCAAGAAAUUGUGAACCUUUCAACAAACUGUCUCCAACAUUGAAGUUACCACGGUAGAAUUAGCAACAGAUCACUAAAUGAUGAACAUCUUAUUUUUUAAAUUGACUGUGAGUUAUCUAACAUGAGUUAUCUAACGUGAGUUUAACGUGAGUUAUCUAACUUGAGUUAUCUAACGUGAGUUAUCUAACGUGAGUUAUCUAACGUGAGUUACAUGAAGAUCGUUAAAUUCCUUAAGGUGUGUCCUAAAAAUUGAAGUUUGUCGUUUUGUCCGGAUCAUCGUACAUCUAACUUCAUCUUGUACAAUCCUGGAAGUUGAUUACACAGGUUUGAAAUUUAAAUAUGUAACUGAUAAGGAUUUCAUUUAUUUCAUUUUAUAGGUGGGGACUGAGGUGUCUGUUGGGAUUAUUCUGCAUUAAGAUAAAGAGUAACAUCAAGCUGAAUUAUAAUAAAAUGAAAACUGACACAAUUAUAUUUCUAUAAAUGUAUUCCACAAGAAUAACAUCUUGUGAAGAAUUAUACAGAAAUUUGUUCUAAAUUUAAGUUUCCAGGAAUCAAACUAGGGACUGAUCCACUGCUGUUUCAAUACUUUAUCACUGUCAUAUCCAGGAAUUACGAAUGCAAAGCAUCAAAAUGAAAUGUGAAUACAUCACAAAGGGAAGUAACUCUAAUCCGGGAUAACUCAACCUGGUUGCAUUUUACGAUAUUUACCAUGAACAAGAUUUAACAAACAGCUCUUCUGGACAAUCAACAAUACAAUUUUGUAUAUAGAUAUAUAUACAUGUACUGUGAUAAUUAAAAUAACAUUCCAUA